AAAGUUUUGACGUUUUCUUCACUUCAGGCAGUCGUCCCGAGUCUUGUGAUCAGUUUUUUGGAAAAGUUGUGGAAAUUUGCCAAGUUUCGCUGAUAAAUCGUCGCUUUUUCCCUUUCCGAAGCAGUAAAAGCAGCUCUCCAACGUUCCAAAAUGCCGAUCUGUGGACCCAAACUGUCGCUCUGCGGUUUGAUUGUCUCCGUCUGGGGAAUUAUCCAGCUGCUCCUGAUGGGUGUCUUCUACUAUAUCCAUAGUGUGGCGCUUAUUGAAGAUCUUCCCCUGGAGGAACAUUACGAUUCUCCGAAGGAAUUCUAUGCAGCAGCCGAUGUGGCUUACAGUCAGAAUGCCUACAAUUGCUGGAUCGCUGCCUGCAUCUACGUCCUGACUCUGGUGUUUUCCGGUCAGCAAUUCUACGCCAACAGUCGCACAACUGUUGCUUAAAUCUAUUGCAAUAGUUUUAACGGCUUUUUAAAGCAGUCGUAUCCCCGUUCUUGAUUGUAUUCAGAAUUGUACAUAUUUCUUCCUACCAGUAAUUGGACUACACUGUUUGAAGGCAGAUAUAAUAUUCUCAUAAAAUCAUCAAUAAAAAUGCGAAAAAGAGCCACAUUCCCAGGAUAUCGUUUCGUUUCCCCUUAUUUUAGAAUAUAUUCGUCGUAAACAAAUUCAGUAUCAUUUUCUUAUUUCAACAGGUCUGUGUAAUAACCGAAGACAUAAAUAUGUAGAUCAAGUAUUAAAGAACAAAUAUAUAAAUGGGAAAAUGUUCAGUUAAAA